CUCGCUGCUCACGACGAGUAAAAAUGUCCAGAAAUGACAGGCUGUUGGUGAAAAAUGCCAAACAGGUGGUUUUAAUCUGCAACAACGGAGAAAAGUACCUGACAAAGCAAAGUAUGAACAAUCUCUGCGUGAUUGAAGAUGGCAGCGUUGUUAUUGGAAGUGAUGGGCUGAUUAAAGCUGUAGGGUCUGCAGAAGCCAUCAGAGCUCAGUAUUCAGAGUCGUCCUUUGAUCGAGUGAUCGAUGCCACGGACAUGUGUGUCCUUCCCGGGCUGGUGGAUGCUCACACUCAUCCCGUCUGGGCUGGAGACAGGGUCCACGAGUUUGCAAUGAAGCUGGCUGGGGCCACCUACAUGGACGUGCACCGCGCUGGCGGAGGGAUCCACUUCACGGUCGAACACACUCGAGCCGCCGCCCCCUCGGACCUUCUGGCCUCCCUGAGGAGCAGGUUGAUGCGACUGCAGCGAGCGGGAACCACCCUGGUCGAGUGUAAAAGUGGCUACGGCCUGGAGCUGCAGACGGAGAUUAAGAUGCUGGAGGUGAUCGAGGAGGCUAGGUGCUCCCUGCCCAUCAACAUCUCCUCCACUUACUGUGGAGCUCAUGCAGUUCCCAAAGGGAAGACGGCAGCAGAAGCCACUGAGGACAUCCUGCUGGUCCAGCUGCCCCGGCUGAAGGAGCUGAUGUCUGCUGGGAAACUCAGAGUCUGCAACAUCGAUGUGUUCUGUGAGCAGGGCGUGUUUGACCUGGACUCCACUCGCUCCAUCCUGGAAGCUGGGAAAGAAAUGGGCCUCAACAUCAACUUCCACGGAGACGAGCUCCACCCCAUGAACUCUGCUCAGUUGGGAGCAGAGCUCGGAGCUUUGGCUGUCAGCCAUCUUGAAGAAGUCACAGAUGAAGGAAUUGUUGCCAUGGCGAAAGCAAAAACAGCUGCUGUUCUUCUGCCGACCACAGCUUACAUCCUCCGUUUGCCUCAGCCUCGGGCCAGAGACAUGCUGGAUGCAGGAGUCAUUGUUGCCCUCGGCAGCGAUUUCAACCCCAACGCGUACUGCUGCUCCAUGCCCAUCGUUAUGCACCUCGCCUGCGUCAACAUGAGGAUGUCCAUGUCCGAGGCUUUGGCUGCAGCCACCAUCAACGCAGCUUUUGCUCUGGGUCGCUCUCACACACACGGAUCCCUGGAGGUCAACAAACACGGAGACCUGCUCAUCCUCAACGCCACGCGAUGGGAGCACCUGAUCUACCAGCUGGGGGGACACCAGGAGACGAUCCGUUACGUCAUCAUCAAAGGCAGCGUCGUCUACGACAACGACAGAGUCAUGGACUUGUGAAGGAGGUGCUGGAGGCGUUUCGUCCACAGCCAGGAUGGACCUGCUGGCAGCAGCUGUCAGGAAGGACGUUCUCGUGCAGGGCCGUGUGCCAGUCGUGCUGGUUCACCACACCACAGCACUUCCACUGGGGACGAGCAGAAAUCAAGUUAUUUGUAAUCUGCCAAAAUAAAGAAAAGUUUCUCUUUU